AUGCUCUCCUGCACCUUCCCAUGCUGCUUGCGUGCUCCAGUUCUUGUUGCAUGCCUCCGUUUCCCCCCGUUCCUCCAACCUCCCCUCCCUGUGGCAGCAGAGGCAGCAGCAGCAGCAACCGGGAGCCAAACGCAGUGGGCAGUAGGGAGCUCGCUUUGCCCACCUUCCAGAGAGCUUGUGGCACAGCAGAGGGACCUUCCACAGCAGAGGGACCUUCCACAGCAGAGGGACCUUCCACAGCAGAGGGACCUUCCACUGCAGAGGGACCUUCCACAGCAGAGGGACCUUCCACUGCAGAGGGACCUUCCACAGCAGAGGGACCUUCCACAGCAGAGGGACCUUCCACAGCAGAGGGACCUUCCACUGCAGAGGGACCUUCCACAGCAGAGGGACCUUCCACUGCAGAGGGACCUUCCACAGCAGAGGGACCUUCCACAGCAGAGGGACCUUCCACAGCAGAGGGACCUUCCACAGCAGAGGGACCUUCCACUGCAGAGGGGCCUUCUACUGCAGGGAGGCAGCGCUUUUACCAGGGAGAGUAUGGGGCUGGCCAUGACCUAUCGAGUCUUUUGUGUAUAUCUCGUGCCUGUUUCUUGGCUCGCCUGCUGCCCUUCCCUCCGCUCUACCCCCUUCCUUCGCCCGGCCCCAUUCCCUCCACCCUGCCCCCAUUCCCUCCACCCUGCCCCCAUUCCCUCCACCCUGCCCCCAUUCCCUCCACCCUGCCCCCAUUCCCUCCACCCUGCCCCCAUUCCCUCCACCCUGCACCCAUUCCCUCCACCCUGCCCCCAUUCCCUCCACCCUGCCCCCAUUCCCUCCACCCUGCCCCCAUUCCCUCCACCCUGCCCCCAUUCCCUCCACCCUGCCCCCAUUCCCUCCACCCUGCCCCCAUUCCCUCCACCCUGCCCCCAUUCCCUCCACCCUGCCCCCAUUCCCUCCACCCUGCCCCCAUUCCCUCCACCCUGCACCCAUUCCCUCCACCCUGCCCCCAUUCCCUCCACCCUGCCCCCAUUCCCUCCACCCUGCCCCCAUUCCCUCCGCCCUGCCCCCAUUCCCUCCGCCCUGCCCCCAUUCCCUCCGCCCUGCCCCCAUUCCCUCCGCCCUGCCCGCGUUCCCCUCUACUAUGCCCCAUUCCCUCCACCCUGCCUCCGUUCCCCUCCACUAUGCCCCAUGUUCUCCGCCCUGCCCUAUUCCCUUCAGGCCACUCGUGAUGGAGCAGAGGAAGCUGAGUGGCACACUGGCAACACCAGUUGCAACUGUGGAGCGCCAGUGCGGAGGGCUUGUGCGGGAGGGGAGGGAGGGAAUGUGGGGCAGCAGCUGUUGGUGGCUCUUCAACUGCCAGCUGUUGGUAGACUCACCCUUUCAAUUGGCUCCCGUGAGUAA